AUUAAGACGCUGUGGGAGUCAUUCGUAAUCGGCAAGGCACUGUUGCAGUUCGCGCUUGGCUUUGGUACCCUCCAGUUUUGCAGAUUCAACAAAUUUGCCUACGCAUCUUCGAGGUCGUUUAACUCUUCGGUAUUAAAAAUGAUGAAAUACGUCGUUUUGUUUGCUGUCCUCUGUGGAUUUGCGGCGGCUCUCCAGAUGCCAUGCAACAACUGCAAAUCGUCCAAAUUGCCCACCGCUAAGGCACUUCCCGGUGCCACUGGCACAUGCAACUAUGUUGUCGUGGAGCCCUGCUCUUCGCAGCCCUGCGAUCUGAAGAAGGGAACGAAUGUCACCUUUCAAGUCAAUUUCACACCCAACCAAGCCAGCAGCAAACUGACAUCGGAAGUGUACGGCAUUAUCAAUAAGAUCCCCGUCAAAUUCCCGCUUCCCAAUCCUGAUGGUUGUCAAGGGUCUGGUAUCACCUGCCCGGUUGCUGCUGGACAAACCUAUACUUACCAGGAUAACCUCUUCAUCCAGAACAUCUAUCCUUCGAUCAGUGUCGUUGUGCAAUGGAGUUUGAAGGACGAGAAUGGCAAUCCCAUCUUUUGUGUGCUGGUUCCAGCCCGAAUUGUCAGCUAAUGUCUAACUCUAAGCGUCCUUCAAUGCUGUUUUAUUUUGCAAAAUCAAAACUGCGAUUUGUGUAAGAAAACUCCUGCGCGAAUUUCGGCACAAGCUAGUGAAGCUACUACUUAUCUGUAUUCGGGUCACGGCAGUGUGUGUAAAAUACUAACUAUGGCUAAUUAUAUAAAUUAAAUAUCAAUGUUGUUUUCA